GACAUUUCUCUCUCAGUCUCAGCAGGGGAGCGGGGAAUAUCUCAAGCCAGCUACACAAAGGGAAAACAGGGCACCCCAUUACUCACCAGGACAGGGUGAAGUCUUAAUAUGAAUCCGUCAUUGUUGCUGUGCUGUGUGCUGCUCUGUUUAGCCUGCUGUGUUACGGUACAUACACACAUGAUUAUGGAGGAACAAUACAGCUCCAACCAAACAACCAUCAGCUUACACGCAAAUAACCAAACAGAUGCACUUUCUGUGCUCAUAGUCGGGCUUUCAAAAACACCUAAGAAGAACAAGAAAACGGAAAAGAAACCAAAAAAGAAAUUCAGCAACCAUGUGAAGAGACCUCCGCCGCCGCCGAACUGCGUGCCGCUCUGGAGCAGCUGCAAGACGACCAACGCGGUGUGCUGCGACCAGUGCGCCUUCUGCCACUGCCGCCUGUUCAAGACCGUCUGCUACUGCCGCAUGGGUAACCUGAAAUGCUGAACACCCCCUGCCCUGAAAGGAGGAGGAUGGGACUGUCCCGAUCCCAAAGGCUUGUUUAUAAAACCCUGUGGGAUUAGGACAACCGAACAUCAGUGCACUCCAUCAUAUAAUCGGAGAUUUUCUGGCCAGAUAUUAUACCUACUGCUCGUCACAAACGCUCGGGAAUAAGGAGAAGAGCCACCUGGGUGAUUACCGAAGUACUUUAUAUUUUAAUUCAAUGUAUAUGUAUUUUUAAAAUGUUCGCGUUAAUGAA